CAUAGCCAGUCUUUAGUAGACUACACGUUGUACAGUGCCGGUUUUAAGUGACCGGUGAACCUGUAUUUUAACAAAUUUUCGUUGCAUACAGAACGUUUUUAAACCAAAACAAGCUUUUGCCUUAAUUGAAUUUAACAAGAAUUGUUCAAUUUAAGAAAAUACUGCAAAAAACCAACGAGUUUUUUAGGUGUGGAAAAGGAGUUCUUUUUGCUGUGUUAGUUUUUCUAUGAUGCCUAAAGACAUUGCUGCUGAUCGUAAACAAAAAACAAACCCAAAAAUUAAGAAGGAAUCAGCCAUUCUUACGUCAUCAACUACGUCAUUAAAUACGUCACGGAACCGAAAACGCUUACGAGAAGAAUCUGCGAAAAAAGAAGCGACGAUACUGAUGUCAUCAGAGGAAAAAGAAGAUUCUAAAAGGCGGUGCGUUAUGGACACGCGUGUAGAAAAUCGCAGGCAACAAUUUUACACCAAGACGGAUUUUAAAGCAAUCGACCAUGAGAUGUUCCCCACGCCACAAAAAGAGGGGGCUGAUGGGGAAAACGAUGACCCCAUGGUGCUAACCUCACCCAUAAAGCACCAGGGUAAAAGGGGUGGCCCCUUACAAGAAAUAAACGUGGGGAAAGCGGAACACCCUUUGUCGUCCCAUUACCAAUUUCGGAAUAUUUUUACCUCUGCGCCGAUUUCUAGAGCUUCUCCUCUGCCAGUUUUGAGCUGGGCAGAUUCAGAUCAACUGUGGAAAUCUAUGGUGAACAAAGAGACAGUUUAUUGCCGCAACAGUAGUUACAUGGACAGACAUGCAGACUUACAACCACGAAUGAGGUCUAUUUUAAUAGACUGGAUCAUGGAGGUUUGUGAAGUGUAUUCAUUACACCGGGAGACAUUCUAUUUAGCGGUCGAUUACAUCGACCGUUAUUUAUCAGCGACCAAAAAUAUUCACAAAACUCGGCUUCAAUUAGUUGGAGUCACAGCCCUAUUUAUAGCAGCAAAACUAGAGGAAAUAUACCCGCCAAAAUUAUCUGACUUUGCAUAUGUGACUGAUGGAGCCUGCACUGACGACGAAAUUUUAUCCCAAGAACUUAUUAUGCUAACUGCACUCAAAUGGUCACUUUCGCCGAUCACAGCAAUUUCUUGGUUAAACGUAUAUUUGCAAACAGCUCAUGCUGCGUUUGCCCCAAAUCCAAGCUCUGCGUCGUUUUUUCUACCUCAAUAUCCGCAAGAAACCUUCGUGCAUAUUUCUCAGUUGUUGGACCUAUGUGUUCUUGACAUUGAAAGUUUAGAAUUUUCGAGCGGCUUACUUGCAGCGUCAGCAUUAUACCAUUUCUCGUCAAGAGAAUUGGCCACUCAAGUUUCCGGCUUUCAUUUUAAAGACCUGGCAGCGUGCGUUCACUGGAUGGCACCCUUUGCAAUUACAGUUCGAGACACGGGGCUCCAGCCAUUAAAACAGUUUAAAAGAGUUUUAGAAACAGACUCACACAAUAUACAAACACAUGCUAACAACAUUGAUACCCUGGAUUCUGCCUUUGAAAAUCGAUCACGGGUUCACGCAGAGGUCACCUGUCAAUCACCGACAGAAGUAGGCGGGUUCAUGACCCCUCCAAAAAGUGGACAAAAGCAAUCCGUUCCAGUGACACCCCAAACCGGCGUAAUGGGCACCUAACACGUUCUAAAAAAAUCCGAAUUUUCAUUUCUCUUUGGCGCCACCGAGCGACGGUCUCCGGCCGUUGUCCUGUCCGCUAGCAGGCGCUGCGGAAGCGGCAAUUUGCACAACGCUCGGAAAAAUAGACUUUUUAUUCACUGUGAAAAAAAUAAUUUUAGGCGCAUUUUCUUGGUGCCUUCAAAAAACCAGCCUUUUUAUCAAAAAUGACCAGAUUUUACCCGUUUUUUUACCAAUUUUUCUGAAAUUCCAGACAAAAAAUGUCACAACUUAACGAAUUUUACCCGUUUUUAAACUUUUUUUUUUACUUUUUGUGCCAAUAUUUAAAAAAAACGGUCUUAAAACAACCCGUAACUCAAUCAUUGUAAAAUGCUGCUAUGACAAUUAUUUUUUGCUGCUAUUUCCACAUUUUAACUUCUACUAUAACUCUACAACUCUUUUAGGACUAAUAACACAAUCCACUUUUAAAAAGUUUAAAAAAAAAUUAAUUAAAAAAAAAUUUUCCUUAAUUUUUUUUUGCAAUCAUUUUUUGAGGUAUUACAAUUCGCUAAAAAAAAAUGAAAAAUGUUUUUAUUCCAUUAUUUUUUGCUUUUAUUCAUUAAAAAUUGUUGCAGUUAUUCGUUUCUGGCUAGUCGUUUUUAACUAGCAGUAAAUAAACUCCUGUUCUAAACAA